AUGUCUAUGCAGCACCCACCAUACAUCCAGCUGUCAAAGCCCGAUCCAGUGAGCAUCCAGAUGUCUAUGCCGCACCCACCAUACAUCCAGCUGUCAAAGCCCGAUCCAGUGAGCAUCCAGAUGUCUAUGUCGCACCCACCAUACAUCCAGCUGUCAAAGCCCGAUCCAGUGAGCAUCCAGAUGUCUAUGCCACACCCACCAUACAUCCAGCUGCAAAUCCCCACCAUACAUCCUGCUGUCAAAUCCCCAUCCAGUGAGCAUCCAGAUGUCUAUGCCGCACCCACCAUACAUCCAGCUGUCAAAGCCCGAUCCAGUGAGCAUCCAGAUGUCUAUGCCGCACCCACCAUACAUCCAGCUGUCAAAUCCCCAUCCAGUGAGCAUCCAGAUGUCUAUGCGCACCCACCAUACAUCCAGAUGUCAAAGCCCCAUCCAGUGAGCAUCCAGAUGUCUAUGCCGCACCCACCAUACAUCCCAUCUGAACAUCAAAUCCCAUCCAGUGAAGCCAUCCAGAUGUCUAUGCCGCACCCACCAUACAUCCAGAUGUCAAAGCCCCAUCCAGUGAGCAUCCAGAUGUCUAUGCCGCACCCACCAUACAUCCAGCUGUCAAAGCCCCAUCCAGUGAGCAUCCAGAUGUCUAUGCGCACCACCAUGUCUACACAUACAUCCAGAUGUCAAAGCCCCAUCCAGUGA